AUGGAGGCCAUCAAGAAGAAGAUGCAGAUGCUGAAGCUAGACAAAGAGAACGCCAUCGACCGGGCGGAGCAGGCAGAGACCGACAAGAAAUCUGCUGAGGACAAAUGCAAACAGGUGAGGGAAGGCUAUUGAGAGGUGGAGAAAGAGUAUAUGGUGAAGGAAGGAUUGUAAAGAGGGUGGCAGAAUUCCUGUAACUUUCCCAAAAUUCCCAGGUGUUCUAGAACCCUGUGAUGUAGGAUUCCCAGAUUUCUUGCUUAUUCUCUCCUGAUUGCAGGAAUAUUCCAACCGGGAUUUCUGGGAAAACCUGGGAAUUUUGAGAAAAGUUAGUGGAAUCUUUCAACCCCAAAAAGACAGGGAAGAUGUGAGGAUGGGGAGGCAGAAAGCAGCUAAUGGAUAAAAGUGAUGAAUUGUACAGAGUGGUAAAAGAUAUGUAUGUAUUUUUAUCUAUUGUAAUAUAGACUAAUAUUUAAGUACUUGGUCAUGAACGUGAUGCUGUUACUCUUGUGCUGUGUGAUUGAAUGUCAUAUUGCAGAUCCAAUGUAUUAGACCCCAUAGGUGGAAAUUAUAAGUAGUAAAUAGAUGUUGUAUAUAUAUAUCAUAAAUUUCAUUUUUGAGAUAUAAAUAAAUGCAGUUCUUCUCAUGGAAGGAACUUGAGAAACUAGCCCAAAGCAGAGUGUGAUGUAGUAAAUUUGUGGAUGACCUAUACUCCUCACAGAGUAAAGUAGUUUAAGCUAAAUAAAAUUUGUCCUAGGAAAAAGAGCUUCUGAUUGAUUGAAAUGAGCUCUGAGACAUAGAACAGCUAGCUGAUUGUACUGAGGGUAGUUAUCCUUUCCUCUGAUGGAGAGAGGGAUGGAGGGAGAGAUGGAGAGAGAGAUAGAGAGAGGGUUGGAGAGAGGGAUGGAGAGAGGGAUGGAGAGAGGGAUGGAGCCCUCAUGGAGAGAGGGAUGGAGAGAGAGAUGGAGAGAGAGAUGGAGAGAGGGAUGGAGACCUCAGGGAGAGAGGGAUGGAGAGAGGGAUGGAGAGAGAGAUGGAGAGAGGGAUGGAGCCCUCAGGGAGAGAGGGGUGGAGAGAGAGAUGGAGAGAGACGAGAGAUGGAGAGAGGGAUGGAGCCCUCAGGGAGAGAGGGAUGGAGAGAGGGAAAAGAGCAGUGAGUGAGUUCUUGUGCGUCCCAAACCCCCCUUCCUUCAUCGUAACCUACCGGGCUGUCGAACCCACUACCUUGGCGUUACAAGCUCUGCGCUCUACCAGCUGAGCUACAGAGGAUCCAAAGUCCACCCAGCUUAUCUGAUAAUAUGGUUGAAUAUUCCAAUGUGAUAAUAUUGCCCCGUGUAGCUCAGUUAGUAGAGCAUGGAGCUUGCAACGCCAGGGUUGUGGGUUUCGUUUCCCACGGGGGGCCAGUAUGAAAAGUAAUGCACUCACUAACUUGUGGUCCUCUGUAGCUCAAUUGGUAGAGCAUUGCGCAUCUAACACCAGGGUAGUUGGUUCAAUCCCCGGGAAGUAAAAAUGUAUGAGCACAUGACUGUAUGUCGCUUUGGAUAAAAGCGUCUGCUAAAUGGCAUAUUAUUAUAACUGUAAGUUGCUCUGGAUAAGAGCGUCUGCUAAAUGACUACAAUGUAAAAUAACAAAUCCCAUGCAGACCGUCAGAAGGCUUGGUGAAUCAUUAAAGCUACCAGAUCUAAUCAUUUUGUAUCUCCAGGCUAAGGGGAUAGGGGUCCCCAUGUCCAUUUGGCAUCCAGCAGCAGCCUGCAUGACGGCUGAUCAUAGAUAGAUCCUAGAGAGCCACAGAGCACCAGAAGGAGUAGCCCAGCGGCCCCCGCCCUGUACAGGAACAACAGGGGUACCAGGAGUUUUUAAAAAACGAGCUGUGCCAGCUGCCGCUCUACUCCUCAACUUGGUGUGACUUUACAGGGCUCUGGGGUGCAGAUCCACUCACCACCACUCCUCUGUCUGAUCUGUCUAAAGUUCAAGAACAUACCAGAGGAGAUACUAAGCAUGCGUCCCAAAUGGCACGAUAUUCCCUUUAUAGUGCACUACUUUUGACCAGAGCCCUAUAGGUAUUGGUCAAAAGUAGUGCACUACGUAGGGAUUAGGCUUCCAUUUCGGAUGUAAUCGAACUAACAACACAACAUUCUUAGAACCACGUGUGUCAGUGUGGGCGCGGUAGUGGCAGGCAGUCGUCAGUAGCACUAUCCAUAAUACCCUCGGCCAUUUUAGACAUGGAGAGUGCAGUUUGCCUGAAUCACGGUGGAUUACGUGGGACCUCUUUAGACAAUUGGUUGGAUAAGAGUUAAACAGUGAUAAGUGUUGAUGCUUCGCUCUGGUAUUCUUGGCUAUGAGGCUCUGGGUUUGUGUCCCAAAUGGCACCCUAUUUAGUGCACUACAUUUGACCAGAGUCCUGUCCCAAAUGGCACCCUAUUUAGUGCACUACAUUUGACCAGAGCCCUGUCAGCAGCCUGUGAGGCAAAGGCCAGCGGGGCAGUGAACACUUGAAUCCUUCUGCCAUCUACUGGGAUCACAGUCAAUGGCUAUUAAGCACUGCAGGACCAAGUAGGGUUGAAUCCAACAACAACAAGUAGUUUAUACAUUUCUAGUCUUCAGAACAAGCACCAAAAACAUUAGCAAUAUCCAUGCAACGUUGGAGUCAAUUAUAUUCUACAUUUCUAGCUCCAAAAUACUGAGUGGUCGGACAUUCUCUUAGUUUGCAGGCCUUUUGUCCUGAGUUCCCCAGUGGAGGCACAAUGUUGUAGAUAUACAUCUGUCCUGUAUAGAGCUGACAUGAUUCUGUAUGACAGAAAGCAUUUCUGUGAUGUCACACCUUUCCUGACUCUGUCUUCUAGUCUGCCCUUUCUGCUGUAUAAAAUAUUUCUAUGUGAACACCCUUCCUGAUUCUUUGCUUCCCUCUGACUCCGUGUGCCCCAGUUGGAAGAUGAACUGCUGGGGCUGCAGAAGAAGCUGAAGGGGACAGAAGAUGAGCUGGAUAAAUACUCUGAGGCUCUGAAGGAUGCACAGGAGAAACUGGAGCUGUCAGAGACGAAGGCUACUGACGUGAGUACAGUACAGUACUAGAGAUACUGCCGGGUUGUCACUGUCACGCUCAAAUAAUCCUACUUCAGAUGCAUACAGAUGUUUUAAAUGUAUCAUAUCAUAUUUGACUCCCGAGUGGCGCAGUGAUCUUAAGGCACUGCAUCGCAGUGCUAGCUGUGCCACUAGAGAUCCUGGUUAGAGUCCAGGCUCUGUCGCAGCCGGCCGCAACCGGGAGACCCAUGGGCGGCGCACAAUUGGUCCAGCGUCGUCCAAGGUAGGGGAGGGUUUGGCCGGCAGGGAUGUGGGUUCAUUUCCCACGGGGGGCCAGUAUGAAAAAAUAAAAUACAAAUAAAUAAAAAAUACAUGUAUGCAUCCACUAACUGUAAGUUGCUCUGGAUAAGAGCGUCUGCUAAAUGACUAAAUGACAUCCAAGGUUACGAAAUAAGACCCCUUCCUUCAUAUUCCACCACAGUACAGUCAAGCAUUGCACCAGUGCACACACAUGGUUUAGAGAACUUGGUUGGUCUUGGCAAGUUCGUUCAGACAUCUUUGAAUACCGUUGGAGAACAGACUCUGAUUUAGUCUGGUUCUGUCAUCAAAAGACCCAAGAUUAAACAGCAUUAUUUUGCUGGCCAUUUACAGAGAUGAGGUCAGAAAAAGAAAAUGUGGAAUAACAUCCAUUGCCUUCCCUCAGACCACAGCAGGGUCUCUUUCAUCAACACCACAUCCACUGUCUUCCCUCAGACCACAGCAUGGUCUCUUUCAUCAACAGAAAACACCCAAUAAAUCAUGAAGCACAGUCAACGUGACUUUCCAACCUUAACUCCCAUAUAUGAACAAAGUCAACCGCUUCUCUCUAUGAGGUUUUCUCAAAGAUAGCGUCUACUGAACUGCGUUACAGUCAAGAAAAACAAAGAAGUUAGUCACUGAGCAAGCUAUAAAUUGCAUUUACUGUGUGGUGAGGUACGGUAUGAGACUAGUAACAAAGGUUUUGUUGGAUGUGACCUUCAUCAGACCGUCCUCUACCUCUACCUCUACCUUGAAUUCCAUUAAUCUACUGGUCAUUGUAGAGCAUGGAGCGCUCCCUCCCAGGUCUGAACCAAAGGUUCAGGGGCUGCUAUUCCCUAUAAAGUGCACUACUUUUCACCUGGGCCCAUUAGGCUCUGGUCAAAAGUAGUGCACUGCAUAGGGACUAGGGUGCCAUCUGGGACACAUCCUCAGUCUCAGCUCUCAGCUUCGCUAGCCAUAUGCAGCCACACAGGAAUGUGAGGAAUGCAGCUAAAACAAACAGAGAACCUCACACUGCUGUGGCUAAUGAAGACUUUACUGGAAAGGCUUCUGGUGAGGAGACCUCAGACACAGUUACAGACACAGUUACAGACACAGUUACAGACACAGUUACAGACACAGUUACAUACACAGUUACAGACACUACCACAGUUACAGACACAGUUACAGACACAGUUACAGACACAGUUACAGACACAGUUACAUACAUAGUUACAGACACAGUUACAGACACAGUUACAGACACAGUUACAGACACAGUUACAGACACAGCUACAAACACAGCUACAGCUACAUACAGAGUUACAGACACAGUUACAGACACAGUUACAGACACAGUUACAGACACAGCUACAAACACAGCUACAGCUACAUACAGGGUUACAGACACAGUUACAAACACAGUUACAGACACAGCUACAAACACAGCUACAGACACAGCUACAAACACAGCUACAAACACAGCUACAAACACAGCUACAGACACAGCUACAAACACAGCUACAGACACAGCUACAGACAAAGAAAGAAAGAGAGACAGACACACACACAUUCAGACAUAGAGACACAAAGCCACUGACAGACAGACAGACACAGGAACAGGCACAGACAGACAGACAGACAGACACAGGAACAAUCAGAGACAGAGAGACAGACAGAUACAGAAAAUGAAGUCCCUUAUAGAUGGGUUAGCUGUCAACGUCAUGAAAACGAUGUGUGCGCUUCCAUAGGGCAGAAGUCAGCGUGUUGUGAUUAUGGAUGGCCAGAUUGCUAGCAAGAAUGACAAGAAACUGCCAUGUGGGGAAUCGAAAGUGGCGUGUUUCAGCUCGUUUCAUCUUGGUUUUGAUACCAUGUCUUAUUUUGAGGUGUAUUGACUGAUUUCAUGUCAAUGCUAAUUUCGCCCCUCAGGGGUGUGUGCUUAGUCCCCUCCUGUACUCCCUGUUCACCCACGACUGCGUGGUCAAGCACAACUCCAACACCAUCGUUAAGUUUGCCGACGACACAACGGUGAUAGGCCUGAUCACCAACAACGAUGAGACCGCCUAUAGGGAGGUGGUCAGAGACCUGGCAGUGUGGUGCCAGGACAACAACCUCUCCCUCAACGUGAUCAAGACAAAGGAGCUGAUCGAGGACUACAGGAAAAGGAGGUCCAAGCACGCCCCCAUUCACAUUGACAGGGCUGUAGUGGAGAAGGUCGAGAGCUUCAAGUUCCUUGAUGUCCACAUCACCAAGAAAUGAUCAUGGUCCAAACACACCAAGACAGUCGUGAUGAGGGCACGACAACGCCUAUUCCACCUCAGGAGACUGAAAAGAUUUACCAUGGGUCAUCAGAUCCUCAAAAAGUUAUACAGCUGCACCAUCGAGAGCAUCCUGACUGGUUGCAUCACCGCCUGGUAUGGCAACUGAUCGGCAUUCGACCGCAAGACGCUACAGAGGGUAAUGCGUAUGGUCCAGUACAUCACUGGGGCCAAGCUUCCUGCCAUCCAGGACCUCUAUACCAGGCGGUGUCAGAGGAAGGCCCUAAAAAAGGUCAAAGACUCCAGCCACCCUAGUCAUAGACUGUUCUCUCUGCUACCGCACGGCAAGCGGUACCGGAGCGCCAAGUCUAGGUCCAAAAGGCUCCUUAACAGCUUCUCGCCCAUAAGACUGCUGAACAAUUAAUCAAAUGGCUACCCGGACUAUUUGCAUUAACUCCCCAUUUUUUUACGCUGCUGCUACUCUCUGUUUAUUAUCUAUGCAUAGUCACUUUACCCCAAUUACCUUGACUAACCUGUACCCCCGCACAUUGACUCGGUACCGGUACCCCCUGUAUAUAGCCUCGUUAUUGUUAUUUUAUUGUGUUACUUUAUUUUUACUUUACUUUAUCCAACUCCAGGGGAAAAGGACAAAGAAAGAUAGGAAACACUAGCCUGAGGAAUGUGUCGCCGCCCAAUGGCUGCAGGUUAUUUCAGCAAAUAAAUCAAUUAACAUUCCAACCAUUUCUUUGUCCAGUAUACAUGUUAUAAAGAUUGUUUUUACAGAUAUGAAAGUUUACUUUGCCCAUUGAGCCUACUUUAUUGUGGACUUGUAUGAACCUCUCUCACACAGGGCCGGAUGAAGAAAUCAUAGGCCCCAGGGUUAUUUUGUAGUUGAUAGAAAUGAGUGUACAAUAUUAGGAGGCAGUUUAGAUGCAGUAUAUAUAUCAUAAGCUACAGUAGGCUACUACAUAAAGUUUCCAGUGGCACACUGACUCACCUAAUGAUGAAGAUGAAGCAACAGGCUAAUCACAGUGAUGGCCGAUGAGCUCGUCACAAGAUGAGCUGUCUCCUGAGUGGCGCAGUGGUCUAAGGCUGUGCCACUAGAGAUCCUGGUUCGAAUCCAGGCUCUGUCGCAGCCGGCCGCGACCGGGAGACUCAUGGGCGGCGCACAAUUGGCCCAGCGUCGUCCAGGGUAGGGGAGGGAAUGGCCGGCAGGGAUGUAGCUCAGUUGAUAGAGCAUGGCGUUUGCAACGCCAGGGUUGUGGGUUCGAUUCCCACGGGGGGCCAGUAUAAAAAAAUAAUAAUAAUGUAUUCACUAACUGUAAGUCGCUCUGGAUAAGAGCGUCUGCUAAAUGACUAAAAUGUAAAAUGAGCUACUUCGAAAAACAGUGCUGCUGUUAGCUACAAAUUGGGAGUGAAAAUUGUAUUUUGAAAUCUGAAAAAGGCAAACCGACAGCCGCAACCAUCCAUAGAAAUAUAAUCCAUAGAUGGCAGUUCCCCAUUCAAGUCAGGACCGGCAUUCAUUACUAGUGUACCAAUGAACUUAACAGUCAAAUUGCCAGGGUAAGAGGUUACAAAACCUUUAUAUGGAUUAUACUGUAUGUCUAUGGCCAGACCGCAGCAAGCUGUCGCCUAUAUUUGGUGCACAUGCUGCCCAAACUGCAGCCUUCCCAACUGUAGGCAUACCAGUAACUGCCAAAAUAAAGGAAACACUUGAGUAAACAAGGAAUACAAAGUAUAUUUACAUUUUAGUCAUUUAGCAGACGCUCUUAUCCAGAGCGACUUACAGUUAGUAUAUAUGUUAUAGUGUGGGGUGCAUUUUCCUGGCAUGGUUUAGGUCCACUUGUAGAAUCUAUGCCGAGGCGCAUUGAAGCUGUUCUGGCAGCUGGUGGUGGCGCAACACCCUUUUAAGACACGUUAUGUGGGUGUUUCCUUCAUUUUGGCAGAUACUUGUAUGUGCUUGUGAUAAAACUUAAUCCACAAUUAUUUUGUAUAAACUAUUGAUCCUCUGUUGCUAAAUUAUUCUUUCUGGUGUAUUUUGAACAUUUAGAAAGUAUAAUAACAAUAACAUAUAAUGUUUUACUCUUUGGACCUCUAAAGGCUUUGGCCCAGCCCCUGACUCACACAAUUGACCAGUCACAUGUAUUUAUUAUGCAGUUUAUUUCGUAUUAAUCAGUUACCCAAUAUAUUUCCUUAAUCAUUUUUGUUUUCUUCUUUUCCUUUUUUGCUGACUCUUGGGCCCCCCUAGGGGCCUGGGCCCAGGGGCUUCAGCCCCGUUAAGCCCCUGCAUUAACUCAGCCCUGCACACACGCACUCUCUCUCUAUCAUACUCUCUCUCUCGGUCAUACUCGCUCUCUCUCUCUCUCUCUCGCUCUCUCUCUAAUCAGUUCACGGUGUAUAAAACUGCAGACCAUACACCUACACACACCUUGCAUUGCAACUGAAGUGAAAGCUAUAAACCAUAAACAUUAAAACCAGCUAUAAACCCACACCCUCUCAAUGGAACAAAGAACAAGACUUUAAUGCAGGAAAACCUCCCUCCCUCUGGUUAAUCUAAUCAUGAUGUCAUCUUGAGACCGCUCCCUCUCAGGAUUGGAGGAUUUCAGACAAAACUUUGCUGAAAACUCCAGCCCUUUUCCCGGCCCUCUACUUCUUAAACCUAUUUUAGUUUUUAUAUCCAAUUUACAGUAUAUCUAGUAGGCUAGAUCGAUCACUUUGUUCGACAUGACAGGUGGAUCAUUGGACGCGGUGAAAAGGAAAAUUCAGGCGCUUCAACAGCAAGCGGACGAUGCAGAAGAUCACACGAUACUUUUACAGAAACAGUUGGACGAUGAACAGGAAUUGCGCGAAAACGUGAGAAUGUUGUGGCUACAGUUUAAUCAUUAACUGUUUGCCUAAGUUCUUUUUCUUCUAGUUCUUCCUCUGUUCUUCUUUUGCAGAAAAUUCAUUUAAAGUAGUCUAAAAUUAGAACGACUAAAAAGUAAGUGCUGUGCGCUUCCUAGUGUUCCGCCCUAUGCGCUACCUGAAGCAUGUAUUGAGUUGAUUCAGAUUCUGGUUGUAAUGUCAGUUGAUCAUUGGAAGUGGAGGAACAUUUUCUAUUGAGAUGUGAAGAGAAGGGGACAGUCGGGAAACCAUACAUUCCCAUAGUCAAGUCAAGUGCAUUGAAAUGUAAUUCCCACAAAAUAUUUUUGGAUUACUUUUAAUUGUAUUGUAGCGACCUUAACCAAACACAUAGCAAUCUCGUUAAGAGGUUCGGACCUCUUGGCAUAAAGGUGUUGGCUUGACAGUCAGUCGCUGGACCCGGGUUCGCUACAGAAGUGGGAUGGCGCCCGUGUGGCCAUCGGAGAGGCGUGUACACGUGAGGGGCUUGGUAUAGAGAAGCGUGGGGACGCACUCUCCUGAAGGAAGGGGGUAACGUAGCGACCUUAACACAACACCUAGAGACCUCAUCAAGGCGUUCGGCCCUCUUGGCGUAACGGUUAAGGUGUUGGCUUGACAGUCGCUGGUCCGGGGUUUGAGGCCCAGUCGGUGCUACCCCCCCCCCCCCCCCUAAUUCGCUAUAGUAUUAUAUUGAAUAGCUAACAAUGAUAUCCCAUUCAAGUCAACUUUAUGAAAUCAAGGCAUGUGACAAGCCUAAGCAGAGGUUGUUUUACAUAACCUAAUUGAUAGUUUCCCCUAUUGAAUGAAGAGACCAGACAGGAGAGAAGCAGACAGACAGACAGACGUCAGGGUUAUCUCUUGCAAUGGGUGUCUCACAGGAAGCAGACUGAUAAGCAGCAAUCCCAAACAGCCAACUAUUCAACCCACACUGAUUGACUGACUGACUGUUUGCAGUACAUUGUUGAGGAGGGUACGUUGCACUAGCAUGUACAAUGUAUCAAGGUUCACCUCCCCCAUCAUGAUUCCCCCUAUUUUACUGAAUGAGCACUUGUGGAGUCCUUUAUUCUGUCACACAGUAUGAGUUGAGGACCUCAUCACCUGUUGUUCUGUACUAUUGGGAAUUAUUAAAUUAAUUGUAUUAUUAUUUUUGGCUGUUUCCUCUGACCUUUAUCAUGACCCCUGACCUGUGAUCUGUGCCCCCUGCAGGCGGAGGGUGAUGUGGCGGCUCUGAACCGUAGGAUUCAGCUGGUGGAGGAGGAGUUGGACAGGGCUCAGGAGAGGCUGGCUACUGCCCUGCAGAAACUAGAGGAGGCUGAGAAGGCUGCUGACGAGAGCGAGAGGUCAGAUCAGGACUACAGCAAGUCACCACGCCCCACCAGUUGCUCUGUCAUUAUAUAGAUAGGACAGCGCUAUAGCGAUUUUCUAUGGAUCCAUGUUUUCUAUGAGUAUGGACUGGUAUAGGAGGGAUGGGUGUUUCUUUUGGAACAAGGAGAAAGUGGCCUCCACACUGUUGAUUUCCUCUGUAUGGAGGGGGGGGUUGGGGGGGGUUGUAGUUAUACACAGUUAUUCUUGAUAUAAUGGGAAUCACAGAGCUUACAGAGCUAUCUACCAUUUUCCUUAGUCUUCACAUACGGUAGGUUAUACUGUAGCUAACCCUGUGUUGUCGUUGCUCCAGAGGCAUGAAGGUGAUAGAGAACCGGGCCUCCAAGGACGAGGAGAAGAUGGAGAUCCAGGAGAUGCAGCUAAAGGAGGCCAAGCACAUCGCUGAGGAGGCUGACAGGAAGUACGAGGAGGUAAGAAUCACAGAAUGGUAAGGUGAAGUUGCCCCUAAAUGCUGAUAUUGGGUCUGUUUUGCAUUUUCCACACUAAAGGGGUAAGGUUAGGAUUGGGGGAGGGGAAGCUGAUCCUAAAUCUGUACCCAGGGAAAACUUCACCCUGGAGUCACAGCAUAGUUUGUUAUUAGGGCCAGGAGUUUCCCCUGACCACAUGGCCAGAAAAACCUCUGGGUCUAAUCUGUAAGGCCCUAGUAUAGCUGGUCAUAACCAGUUUAACCCAGAGUUUUUCAUGGUUAGUUGUUGCGGUCAGGAAGACCUCCAGGCCCUUUUCAUGACAUCAUACAUUUUCAGAUGAGUCAAUAUAAUGAGGCACCAUAACUGAUUUCAUGUUGAAUUUAGUCUCCAAGAGAUCCCCUCUGACCCAUGGUUUGUGUUGUGCCGUUUCAGGUUGCUCGUAAACUGGUCAUCCUAGAAGGGGAACUGGAGAGGGCAGAAGAGAGAGCGGAGAUCUCUGAGCUGUAAGUAUACACACUCAUCACACUAGACGUGUGUCAACUAUGUUAGUCAGUCUACAGGGCAGCGUUGUGGGCAGACCUUAGGGGGCCUGUCCCGCCCUACCGUACCUCCUGGCCCGUCCAAAUAAAAUAUUUUAAUAUUGAUCAUUUAUUUGACCGAGAACAGAUCAAUCUCAAAUAAAGCAUCUGAGCAAGCGAAACAGCGCCCCUCUGUCUCAGUAUGUAUAGCCCAUGUAUCUGAUGCUGUCUGGCCAUAAAUAGUAUGGCAUGUCAAAUGACAUGUCUUUACUAUAAAACCCAUUUAAAAAAUGUGUAGGAGGUCCCAUGGAAAAAAACGUGCCCCCCAACGGAAAUCAAAUGCCUGGCCAACUGAUUCGUUCUGGUGCUGGCCCUGGUCAGACAUCUUGUGUUAUAAUGCUUUUACUAGCUAGAGUGUCAAAUCAACCUUGGGCCAAGAUUGCCUUGUUGAUUUAAGUUGAUUCCCUCUGUCCUCCUCUACAGUAAAUGUAGUGAACUGGAGGAAGAACUGAAAAAUGUAACCAACAACCUCAAGUCCCUAGAGGCUCAGUCUGUUAAGGUGAGUGUCCUCUGCCACCAUUUUGUUCUGUUUCUUCGUACCCUCUCUGAACGAUACCUUUGCAAAAUGUCAGCUCUGAAAUCUGCCACUGAAUAAUAUUAAUGACACGUAACGUUAGUUCCAUUAAUAAAUAUGUUGUUUUGUCUCUGCAGUAUUCAGAAAAAGAAGACAAGUAUGAGGACGAAAUCAAAGUGCUGAGUGACAAACUGAAAGAGGUGAGGACAGCUCUCUGUCUAUAGAAAAAAAGCGGCAAUAGUACUGUUUGUCCAUCUUGAAACACCGUAGUCCAAAUUAAUCGAAGAUAGCUCAAGAAAUCUGUCUUUAAUUUUGACGUCUUAGUUUUACAUCUAAUUAAGAUGUUUUGGUGCAGUAUUUCUCAGUGAAAAAAUGUAAAUGAAAACAAGUCGUCUAUCAUUGAAGGACAACAGACAUUUCAUUGAAGAAUCCCUACUGUUGACCAAUGACCCGACGAAGGGGCGGAGACUUCCCUACUGUUGACCAAUUACCCGACGAUGGGGCGGAGACUUCCCUACUGUUGACCAAUGACCCGGCGAAGGGGCGUAGACUUCGGCUCCCGAACUUCGGCUUGCCUCUAGUAUUUUUUGUGUGUGCAGCAGAAGACCAAAACGAACGAAAACGUUGUCAAAUAAUAUGUGCAGAAACUGUUCCGAGCUGUUUCGGAUGGGAAGCAUGCGGACGCCUUUAUACACACUACAAGCCCUGUGGGUGGGUGCUUACACCGAGUAUACAAAACAUUGCUCUUUCCAUAACCAGGUGAAUCCAGGUGAAAGCUAUGAUGCCUUAUUGAUGUCAGUUGUUAAAUCCACUUCGAUCAGUGUAGAUGAAGUGGAGGAGCAGCCAGGUCACCCGUGAUACAAGUCAUUAUUCGACGUCCAUCCAUGUCUGAGGAUGUCGGGAGAUUACGUGGAAACCGACCACUAGGGGCAACAGUGAGCGCUGUUACCUUCAAGUAGGUUUUGGUUUUGCUAGGGUGUUAUGGACGGGGAUGGUGGAUGGGCCUAAGCAUCUACCUCUGAUUCCAAAGGUUACAAAUUUGAUUCCAGUGAUAGAAAGUUGUUUUUGACCAUUCGGAGUUAACCUUUGGAGUUAAUUUGGAGUUAAUGGCUAAACUUAACCUUCGAAAUUUGACGUUUGAAACAACUUAGAAAUUUGACGUUUGAGAAACAUGGAUGAACGUCUAAUUCUGAUGUGAGACUGUGAGAGCUGGUUGGGGAGGAGACCAGGUUAAAGAAGGAUUUGUAAGCCUUGAGACAAUUGAAACGUGGAUUGUGUAUGUGUGCCAUUCAGAGGGUGAAUGGGCAAGACAAACAAAUUAAGUGCCUUUGAACGAGGUAUGAUAGUAGGUGCCAGGCACACCGGUUUGUGUCAAGAACUGCAACGCUGCUGGGUUUUCCAGGCUCAACAGUUUCCUGUGUGUAUCAAGAAUGGCCCACCAUCCAAAGGAAAUCCAGCCAACUGAAACAACUGUGGAGUCAACAUGGGCCAGCAUCCCUGUGGAACGCUUUCGACACCUUGUAGAGUCCAUGCCCCUAACGAAUUGAGGCUGUUCUGAGGGCAAAGGGGGAAGGGGGGGGGGGGGGGGGGGGGGGGGGGGGGUGAGGUGCAACUCAAUAUUAGGAAGGUGUUCUUAAUGUUUGGUAUACUCAGUGUAUAUUUGUCCUAUUUCACACAUAUAGUGUGUAAGAGGAUAUCUGUCGUUACUGGCUAUAACCGGUCCUCUGUCUGUCCUCUCUAGGCUGAGACUCGUGCUGAGUUUGCAGAGAGAUCGGUGGCUAAACUGGAAAAGACCAUUGAUGACUUAGAAGGUAUAGUUCACACACAGUGCAUUUCAUGGCUUUCUAUGUCUCUGCACACUGAUGUUCCUCAGAGCAUAGUACACAUCUUUAUUUCGACACUGAUCUCUAGACUCUCUUUUUAUCUGUCUACUGCUGUAUCAUUCUUUGACCCUAAUCUCGCAAUUUCCCUCUUUCUCUUUCUCUCUCCCUCCCUCCCCCCUCUCUCUCUACAUCUUUCUCUGUCUCUCCCUCCCCCCUCUCUCUCCCUCCCCCCUCUCUCUCUCUCCCUCUUUCUGUCUCUCCCUCCCCCUCUCUCUCCCUCCCCCCUCUCUCUCCCUCUUUCUCUGUCUCUCCCUCCCCCCCCUCUCUCUCUCUCUCUCUCUCUCUCUCUCUCUCUCCCUCCCCCCUCUCUCUCUCUCUCUCCCUCCCCCCUCUCUCUCUCUCUCUCCCUCCCCCUUCCCUCUAUGGUCUCUGUACUGUUCUCUCUGCUCUUGUGACCCUGCUGCAUUCUGCAACGCCUGCUCAUUUCCUCUGACCUGCUGACCUCUAGAUGAACUGUACUCUCAGAAGCUGAAGUACAAGGCCAUCAGUGAGGAGCUGGACCACGCCCUCACUGACAUGACCGCCAUAUAG